CUGGGUAUUGCUUGUGAUUUGUAUCUCACGUGGCAUGAUAUUUGUGUAUGAUUCAUUCUCUUCGAACUAGCCCAAUGCGUCGUUUAUUAAUCAUGUCAUUGUUCAGCAGUGUUUUUCGAAAUACUUGUGCCCAUGGAAGUGAAAAAGUGAACAAGAUCAUUUGGAAACAGAUGAAGUGCGCAAAACAAACGGGCGGCUUAGAGUGUGGAUAUUAUAUGAUGAGAUUCAUGUAUGAUCUGAGUAGAAGUAUCAAUGAAGGUCAAGAUCUGGAGAAGGUGUACACGAGCACCUUACGAGAUGAGGCGUUUUCAAUGGCAGAAAUUGAUGAAAUUCGUGAUAGAUGGGCGAUAUAUGUUUGCGACAAUUUGUUGUAAACUCUAUAUUAGAUUGAAAAUGUAUUCACUAUAUAACUUUUGGCGAUAUAUGUUUGCGACAAUUUGUUGUAAACUCUAUAUUAGAUUGAAAAUGUAUUAACUAUAUAACUUUUAGGUAACUUUUUUUG